AUGUCACUAAAAGAUCAAUUAGAAUCUGCCCUAAAAUUGCGCCAACAAAAAUCACUCCUGCGUUCGCUCACAACCUUUCCUUCAUCCUCUGCAGACUUUUCGUCCAACGACUUUUUAGGUCUAUCUGUAAACGCUGCUCUCCACUCUCUUUUUCUUCAUCAUAUAAACACAUUCCCCCGUCCACCUCUAGGUUCAACUGGAUCCAGAUUGCUAGAUGGAAACUCAACAUAUGCAGAUGAAUUGGAUAUAUUUUUAGCUGAUUUUCAUAAUGCUGAGAGCGCAUUGACAUUUACGUCUGGGUUCGACGCCAAUGUGGGAUUUUUUUCAUGCGUGCCUCAACGUGGGGAUGCGGUUAUAAUAGACGAAUAUGUGCAUGCUAGCGUGCAUGAUGGAAUCAGGGCUUCCAGAGCAAAUUUAGUAGUAAAAUUUAAACAUAACGAUUUAAUCGAUCUGAAGAAAAGAUUGGACGAGGUUGAGAGGAAUAUUGGGAAAGGGAAUAACAUUUUUGUGUCUGUUGAGAGCUUGUAUUCCAUGGAAGGUGAUAUUGCUCCAUUGACCGAGAUUGUUGAAAUAUUGGAUGGAUACAAUGCAUAUCUUAUAGUUGAUGAGGCGCAUGCAACAGGUGUAUUUGGACCACAAGGACGUGGACUAACCUCUGAGAUGGGAUUAGAGAAUAGAGUGUUUGCGCGUCUACAUACAUUUGGCAAGGCAUUGGCAAGCAAUGGAGCCGCAAUAGUGGGGCCUCGAUAUCUUUGCUCUUAUCUCGUCAAUUACGCCAGACCGCUUAUAUAUAGCACGUUUUUACCAUACUCGAGCCUUAUAAGCGUUAGAUGUGCUUAUGAAGUUAUGUCGGGCGGUCUCCGACGGCAUUUAAGAAAGUUGAUACACUUGUUUAGAUCGUCGCUUAGAAUUCCACCCGACAUGCUGCUGCCAUCAACGAGUCCCAUACAGGGAGUCAUCAUACCAGGAAACGACAAAGUGGUAGAAAUGUGCAAACUAAUACAAAGUGCGGGGUAUAACGUGAAGCCAAUUAGAUCACCAACGGUUCCAAAAGGGAGAGAGAGGAUAAGAAUAUGCAUUCACGCAAGCAAUACGGAAGAACAAAUUAAAGGACUCUUACGAGUUAUUGAAGACUGUGUUAACAAACACAUACUCUAUAGUGCGAACGUGACCAAUCUUCAAAGGCCAAAAUUUUGCUUCUCCCCAACCUGUCAUUAUCCCGCAUUGAGAUACCCGACGCAGAUACAUUUAUUACUUCGCGCCUUUCUCCCACGCUAUCUCUCGCGAAUGUCUCGAUCUACAUCCGUUUCAUCUGAUUCGUUAGAUACGUCCAAAUAUAAUAUCAUUUCCGAGGGCAAAGCAAAAAUACUUUUCCCAAAAGAUAAUGAGGUCUUUUAUAACAAUGUUCAGGAAUUUAAUAGAGACAUUUCGAUAGCUGUGAUUAAGACAUGGAGCGACAUAUUCUCGGAAGAAAAAGAAGUAAAAUUAAGGAAGAGACGCGGUGAAGGAAUCGAUAUACAGCCCUACAAAUUCACAGCUAUCGAAGCUUUGGCUGCUAGUGGACUUCGGUCAAUUCGUUACGCGAAAGAGAUACCGAACUUGCGUCAUAUUGUCGCAAAUGACCUCGAGUCUGAAGCAGUGAAUUCUAUUAAAAGGAAUUUAGAAUAUAAUGGAAUUAGUGAAGAUAUUGUUAGGCCUUGUCAAGCUGAUGCGAGCGCGAUGCUAUACCAACAUCGGACGCCCGAUCUUAGAUUUGACAUGAUUGAUGUUGACCCUUAUGGCACUUGUUCGCCGUUUCUUGAUGGUGCCGUGCAGGCAGUUGUAGAUGGAGGUUUACUCUGUAUUACGUCCACGGAUGUUGCUGUUCUUAGUGGAUCGACCUAUCCCGAGAAGUGCUUUUCUAAUUAUGGAGCAAUGCCAGUUAGAGGCGAAUUUAUGCACGAACAGGCUCUCCGGAUUCUACUCCACGCGAUAUCUACAUCAGCAUCUCGAUACCAAAGAUAUAUCCAACCACUGGUUUCUCUGAGCAUCGAUUUCUACGUUCGUGUAUUUCUACGCGUUUAUUCUUCUCCCAUUACUGUCAAGAAAGCUUGUUGCAAGACAUUACAAGCCUACACCUGUUCAGGAUGUAAAAGUUUUCAUACUCGCCCACUCGGCAGGAUGACCGAGAAGAACUCUUUUCUCUCAACGACUGGGCCUCCAGUUAAUUCUUCGUGUGAAUUUUGCGAUGGGAAAUUUCAUAUCGGUGGUCCAAUGUGGGGCGCAAACUUACAUGACCGGGAGUUUGUUAAAAGAUUACUAGAAGACGUUCGAAAUGCGACCACCGAUGAUUACAAGACACAUUCGAGGAUGUUAGGAAUGCUGACUUUGGUUUCCGAGGAAAUAGAUUUCCCAUUUUACUAUACACCAUCAGGACUAUCGGGAAUUAUACACUGCACAGUGCCACCAUUGAAAACCUUUUGUUCAGCUCUCUUAAAUGCCAACUAUCAAGUCUCUGCGUCACAUGCGCUAGCUGGAUCGGUGAAAACUAAUGCCCAACCUGGAGUUAUCUGGGACAUUAUGCGAGGAUGGGUCAAGCGCGAACCUGUUGUUCAAAAGAAUAUUACUGCAAACUCACCCUCAAAAAAAAUCCUAGCAGUGGAACCCACUCUUGAAGUAGAUUUCACUUAUAAUAAAGAGGCUGAGCCACCGUCAAGGAAGAUAAAACUUGUGAGAUAUCAGAUGAACCCCGAAAAAAAUUGGGGACCCAAACCACGCGCAGGUCAGAGGAAACGCAAAAUCAAAGAUAAGAAGGACGGCGAACAAGUAGUGAAAAAAGUAGCGUUGGAUGGGAAUAAGGAUGACGAAUCGGUAGCUACGGGGACAGUGUUAGAUGAGAAGGAUAAUGAACUGGUAGUGGAUAAGAAAGGGCAGUCGGAUGAAAUUACGACAUGA